AGACCCCGCGCGCCCAGGCGGGAAAAGAGGGGCGCAUGCGCCGCCCGGCGCUCCGAGCUCGCCGGGACGGGGAUGGGGAGGUGGAGUUUCCUAGAGGGAACUUGACCCGUUAGCAGCUGCGGCCAUGGCGGCGCGCUCGCCCCCGUCACCGCUUCCUCCUUCCCCAGCGCGACAGUUGGGCCCCCGGUCCCCACGCGUGAGGCGGGGAGCUGAGGCCCACGGAGUGCGCAGCGAGGCCUCGGGUCUCGCCGGCGCGGCGCGGGAGCCCGUCGCUGAAGAAAGUGACAUAGUGUGGCUGGGCGAGGAAGGGCCGGGGAGCCUGCGAGGGCCAGAGAGGGCAGCUCCGGCUCACGCUCCCCUCCUCAGCCCGCGCAUGGGGUCCAGGCGGCUAGAGAGCAUCUCCGUAGAGGAGGCGAUGGUGACCCGGUCGAAGCUGUUGGAGGAAGAGCUGAGCAGCCUAAAGGAGGAGCUGGCCCUGUGUCAGGCUGACAAAGAAUUUGUAUGGUCUUUGUGGAAACGUCUCCAGGUCGCAAAUCCUGAUGUCACACAAGCAGUCGGUUUGGUUGUUGAAAGAGAAAAACAGAAAUCUGAAGCUAAGGAUAGAAAAGUUCUAGAAAUUCUUCAAGUCAAAGAUGCUAAAAUACAAGAACUGGAGCAGAGAGAAUCAGUACUAAAACAAGAAAUAAAUGACCUUGUAAAACGGAGGAUUGCAGUAGAUGAAGAAAAUGUUUUCUUAAGGGAAGAAUUCAGUAUCUUGCAGAAGAAAUUUAAAGAUAAAAGUCAAGAAGUUAAGAACACUAAGGAGUGUGUACAGAAUAAAGAAGAGCAAAAUAGACUGGUUAUAAAAAGUCUGGAGGAGGAAAAUGAGAAAUUAAGUAUCCGUUGCGCUGACCUGCUAAAUGACCUGGAGAAACUGAGGAAGCAGGAGACCCUUUGGAGGAAAGAAAAAUACAGCUCCGAAGCAAAAAUAAAGGCUUUUGAAGAAAAUUUAAUUGAAGCAAGAAGAGAAAUUGAAACAUCACAGAGUAAAUAUAAUGCCCUAUCAUUACAAUUGAAUAAUACACAGACUCAGCUCAUUCAAAAGGAUAUGGACAAUACCCUGGUCAGGAAAGAAUUGCAGGAGCUGCAGAAUCUUUACAAACAGAACAGUGCACACACAGCACAGCAAGCGGAGCUGAUCCAGCAGCUUCAGGUUCUCAACAUGGACACACAGAACGUCCUGAGGAAUCAGGAGGAUGUUCACACAGCUGAAAGCAUAUCCUACCAAAAACUUUACAAUGAGUUACUUGUUUGUUUUGAAACAACAAAGUCAAAUGAAGCUGCACUGCGUCAAAGAGUAGUUAAUCUUCAGGAUCAGCUUUUUCAAAAAGAGCAGGAAAAUGCUAAAUUAAAAGAAGAACUUCAGGAAUCACAAAGGGCAGUGUACCGUUUACCCCAUGAAGGUGAUGCAGACCACUCAGCACAGGUAUCUCGACAGCCAUCUUUAACAAGUUUAGAAACAUUAAUGGUCUCACAGAAGUCUGAAAUUGAGUAUUUGCAAAAGAAACUGCAAAUAGGAAAUGAAAAAUUUUCAGGGGAAAGACCUGCUAACAAGGGUUUCUCAGAGAACAACAUCCUGUCCAGUGCUCAAGGAGGACAUAAGGAACCACCUGUGAAACGUUCAAGGUCUUUGUCCCCAAAGAGCUCUUUCACAGACACAGAGGAGCUAAGAAAGCUGAGAAAAGCUGAAAGAAAGAUUGAAGAUUUAGAGAAGGCACUACAACUAAAGAGCCAAGAAAAUGAUGAGCUAAGAGAUGCCCAUGAAAAACGCAAGGAAAGGCUACAGAUGUUACAGACCAACUACAGAGCAGUAAAAGAGCAAUUAAAACAGUGGGAGGAAGGCAGUGGCACAGAUGAAAUCAGAAAAAUAAAGAGAGCAGAUCCCGAACAGCUUCGACAAGAAGACUGUGAUGCUGUGUGGAAUGAAUUGGCAUAUUUCAAAAGGGAGAACCAAGAACUCAUGAUUCAAAAAUUGAACCUUCAAGAAGAAUUGGAUGAACUCAGAGUACGUGUAUCUGUUGAUAGGGCAACAAUACAAGAAUUGAAUAGAUUUAUAGCAGAGAAAAGAGAAGAACAACUCCUUAGAUACAGUGAAGAUGAUGGGGUCAAGAAGAGUCCUCCAGAGAAGAAUGAGAAAGAAAUAUCGGAGCAGACAUUACAGAAGGUCAUUGAGUUGGAAAAUCGGCUGAAAUCUUUUGAGAAAAGAUCGAGAAAAUUGAAAGAGGGAAAUAAAAAAUUAAUGCAAGAGAAUGAUUUCCUGAAAUCCCUCUUAAAACAACAGCAAGAAGAAGCAGACACCAGAGAAAAGGAGCUAAAACAGCUCCUAAAAGAGAGUAAAGAUAUAGAAAAAGACAAAACAGAACUUCAAGUGACAAUCGGUGAGCUGGAGAAAGAAGUCACUUCCCUAAGGAGACAAGCAGCAGAAGCUGAUGCAUUGAGAAAUGAAAAUGAAGAGCUGAUGAAUCCAACAGAGAAUCCUUACCAUUCAGCCGACAAAACUCAGUCUGAGUUGGCUACCAUGGCAGUGAGAUCUGGGCAAUGUGAUUGUAAAACAACAACUACCAAGGUUAAAUUUAAAGCUGCCAAGAAAAAGUGCUCCGUGGGUCGUCACCACACUGUUCUCAAUCACUCCAUCAAGGUUAUGAGCAAUGUGUUUGAGGACCCUAGCAAGGACGGCUGGCAGGAUGUGAGUGAAAGCAGCAGUGAUUCUGAACAGAGCUCUCAAAGUCUGGGAACAGUUAUUGUGGAAACAUCUCAGAAAAUAAGUCCUAUAGAAGACGGAGGAUACCAGAAAGAAACUGACCAAAUAAAAGACAGCAAAGUACAAGGGAAAGAAAUUGCACAAACACAUUCAAGCAUGGAUCGCAAGACCUCCAAGAACACCAGAAAACCAGCUUUGCAAAAGAAGAAUGUUAAUAUACAGAGGAAUCCAUAUGCAACCGUGUACACUAGAGCCACUAGAGAGAAGUACAAAAAUAUAGCUGCCCAGAAAUCAAACAGCAAUAUUAUAUUAUUGCGAGAACGAAUUAUAUCUUUGCAACAACAAAACAGUAUGCUUCUGAGUGCCAGAAAAACUGCAGAAUUAUCUGUGAAAGAAUAUAAGGAGGUCAAUGAAAAACUCCUUCAUCAACAGCAAGUAUCCGAACAGCGAUUUCAGACGAGCAGACAGACAAUCAAGAAGCUAAAUUCAGAUUUGGCUGGGCUUCGAAAAGAAAAAGAAGAUUUGCUGAGGAAAUUGGAGACCUCAUCUGAAAUCACAAGUUUAGCAGAAGAAAUUUCCCGGGUCACAGUUCCACGGGUACAAGUUACGUCACUUGGUCCUUCAAGGAGCAUGGAUUUGGAAAUGAAGCAAUUGCAGUGUAAACUAAAGAAUGCAACUAAUGAACUCACUAAACAGUCAGCAAAUGUGAAGUCUCUGAAAUUGGAACUCCUAGCAAAAGAAGAACACAUAAAGGAACUACAUGAGAAGAUAUCUCGAAUGGAGAGGGACAUAGCUAUGAAAAGACAUCUGAUAGAAGACUUGAAAUUCCGGCAGAAAGUACAUUCAGAAAAUACUGAGAGUUUUAAUGAAAUGUUGGAAAAUCUUGAAAAAAAGGUAAAGACAUUAACUGAAGAAUGCUCCAGCAAAAAGAUAUCAAUUGAUUCACUAAAGCAAAGACUUACUAUUGCUGUAAAAGAAAAAUCACAGUAUGAACAGAUGUGCCAGAAAACUAAAGAGGAAUUAGAGAAAAAGGAUCUCAGGCUUACUAUCCUGGCAUCGAAAAUCAGUGAGACCGAAUCUGCAAUGGCAGAAAUUGAAGCCGCAGCGUCUAAGCAGCUGCAAGGAUUAGCAGUGCAGAGCGAGCAGGUCCUUGAAGGGGUGCAGAAGAAACUGCUGAUAGCCAACGAGACAGUGCAAGAGUUCACCGUGUUCGUCAAGGCUUUAGUGAAAGAGUUACAAAAAGAUGUCCAUAUGACAAGGCGACAAAUCAGAGAGCUUAAAAAAAUGCAGAGAAACAGAGUUACUUGCAAAACCUCAACCCAUAAAGCCCAGACCUUGGCAGCUUCUAUCCUGAACAUCUCACGGUCAGAUCUGGAGGAAAUAUUAGACACAGAAGAUGAAGAGGAAAUUGAAAAGACGAAGAUAGAUGCUGAAAAUGACAAGGAGUGGCUGCUGUACAUUCAGAAACUGCUUGAGGGAAAGCUUCCUUUUGCCUCGUGUUUACUAGAAGCAGUACUGGAGAAAAUAAAUGAAAACAAGAAACUAGUUGAAGGAUACUUCACAACUGUGAAAGAUAUCAGAUGAUAUUGCAAUAGAGAACAUCUUUGCAAAUAUGAAAACAUUUAAUGUGGUAUGGCUGGAAAACAUGCAUUGCAAUCCUUACACAGUAUCUAUCUGGUCCAACUAUCAAUAGUCAAGUUCAAUACCAAAAUAAGAAGUCUUUGAAACUAAUUAAUUGCUGAACAAGUGGAAGUAAUUAAGUGCAUAUCCAUUUAAAAGGAAAUAGGAUAGCUUUUGAUUAUUGAAUACAAAUAUUGCCACAAAUCAGUGUGAACUUUAAAAUGAUUUCCCUUACAGUGCUCUAAACUAGCACAAGCUUGGUACAUACAAAUUGACUAUAAAAAGGAGUUCUUAACAAGUUGUUCACAUUUUAAGUUUUAUAGCAAAUUGAUUUUCUACAGAAAAACUGCUGUGAACCAGUUAACACAUUUGUGUGGCCAGUGAAUAUAAAAUAAAGCACCACAACUUAAAGGGUGAAUAUUUAAUGAAAAACGUAUAUGAUCCAAUUUCUUUCUACCUUCAUUGAUAUACUGGAUUAAAUAGGAGAUACUAUAUUUGUAUUUCAUUAACUAUUUUGGUAACAAUAAAAACAUUAUCUUCUCUUCCUCCUACUACCUUCUCCCUCUUUCUCGUGUAAA